AUGGAGAUAUCCAUCGAAGAAAUCAACACUCGCUACCAAGAGCCAAUAACCAAAGCAGCAGGUCAAGUUCCAGAAAACAAAACCACUCAAACCACCAUCGACACACUAAAAAUGAUCCGACACAUUGAAGGCGGCUACUUCGUCGAAACUGACCGCGACAAGCAACUCACGCUCAACGCCGCAGGCGAACAGCGUUCCAUGUCGACUAGUAUCUUCUACUUCAUCACACCAAAUACUCCGAUCGGGGCUUUCCAUCGCAAUGCUAGUCGUACCGUGCACACCCUCCACCAUGGACGGGGUGUCUACAUUAUUGUGGUUCCGUUGGGCCCCAAUGGGAGUUUUGAUGACUACCGCGUUGAGACGUUUGUUGUUGGACAUGAUAUCGCUCAGGAGGAGAAGUUGCAGUGGAUUGUUGAGGGGGCUGUUAUAAAGCGAGUUUUUUGA